UUUAUUACCACAAAAGCCCUAACCAGGUCCCUCCACAACACUCACCAAUUACCAAUACACACACUCUCUCCACUUUUAUACACACACUCACACAACAACAGAGUGAUGAGAACUAUAGUUCAACACCCUUCUGGGAAAACUAUGUAUCGCUCAAUCUCUUGAAAUGUUUGCAGAAAACAAAGCCCAAAAAACGCUACCCAGCAGACAUCGUAGGCUUUCUAGGAUUGAUCAAACAUAGAUUUAGUACAAGAAAGCCGGAAAAAGAGUUUCCUGUUGUGUUCUAAUUGAUUUCCUAUAUUUCCUGCAGCUUCGAUCUUCAGUUUCACUUUCUGCGGCUUCUUCUUCCAACCUUGAACUGUAAUUACUUUUCUGAUUUCGUAACUUUUCUCCAUUUUAAUUUCUCAUGGGAAACAUCAAAACCCUAUUGCCUUGAACCCUAUAACUCUCUCUCUUUCGCUGCUGAGUAGCUUCUGUUCAUGGAUCCAAUAACUCAAGAAAUGAGUUCCCGAAGCACUGAGAUCAACAGUUUCACCACCACCACCACCCCUUCCACAGCGAUCGGAUCACCAUCAGGCUCCUCAUCCGCCGCCGGGUCUACCACCGUGUCCUCCCCGACAACCCUAAGCCGCUACGAGAACCAAAAACGCCGCGACUGGAACACCUUCGGGCAGUACCUGCGCAACCACCGCCCGCCGCUUUCCCUCUCCCGCUGCAGCGGUGCCCACGUCCUCGAAUUCCUCCGAUACCUCGACCAGUUCGGAAAAACCAAGGUCCACACUCAGCUCUGCCCCUUCUUCGGGCAACCCAACCCACCUGCACCCUGCCCCUGCCCCCUCCGCCAGGCCUGGGGCAGCCUUGACGCCCUUAUAGGCCGCCUGCGCGCAGCCUAUGAAGAAAACGGGGGCAAGCCCGAAGCCAACCCGUUCGGGGCACGGGCAGUUAGGCUUUAUCUGCGCGAAGUCCGUGAUUCACAGGCCAAAGCAAGAGGAAUCAGCUACGAGAAGAAGAAGCGGAAGAGGCCGCCGGCGCCGUCGCAGGCGGCAGCAUUGCCACCACCGAGUUGAAUACUUAUUACGCAACGAACAGUGCACUGAUCCCAGCACGAUCAGCAGCAUUUGCAUGGGAUUUCUCGCCUGAAUCGAGUAAUAUUACUUACCAUAUAUAGUCUAUCUAGUAGUAGUUAGCCAAUUGAUGAGAUCAUCAGCUAUGAGAAGCAUUACUAGGAAGAGGUACCCUAAGUUUUCCCUCCAUGUGUAAGCUUGUUAUUGGCUUUUUCCUAAGAUAAUUU